AUGAUCUGGCUCGGUCUUGUGGUAGUCUUGCUGCCUCUCGUGAGGACCAGUCUUUAUCGAGAUGAGGCAUUGGACUCAAAGUGGGAACUGUGGAAGAGGAUUCAUAACAAGCAGUAUAAUGGUCAGCUGGAUGAGUUUAAGCGACGUCACAUUUGGGAGAAAAAUCUCAAGUUCAUCAACAACCACAACAAGGAGUAUUUGGAUGGGAAGCACACAUACGAUCUGGCCAUGAACCAUCUGGGAGACAUGACCAGUGAAGAAAUUGUUAAGACAAUGACCGGAUUACGGGUCCCACCCAACCGUCCGUCUAAUAACACGUAUGAAGCCGACUGGAAAGCCAGAAUCCCGAAGUACAUUGACUAUAGGAAGAGGGGUUAUGUGACUCCAGUAGAGAAUCAGGGUGCCUGUGGAUCCUGCUGGGCAUUCAGUUCAGUGGGAGCACUGGAGGGUCAGCUCAUGAAGAAAACAGGAAAACUGGUCUCCCUCAGCCCUCAGAACCUGGUGGACUGUGAUACAGAUAACUAUGGGUGCCAGGGAGGAUACAUGACCAAUGCAUUUGGCUACGUGAGGGAUAAUAAUGGCAUAGACUCUGAUGUUUCUUAUCCAUAUAUCGGUCAGGAUGAAGGCUGCCUCUACAACCCAUCUGGAAAAGCUGCCGGCUGCAAGGGCUUCAAGGAGAUCCCUAAAGGAGAUGAGAAGGCCCUGAAAAGAGCAGUGGCCCAGGUUGGGCCUGUGUCAGUCAGCAUUGAUGCCAGUCUGCCUUCUUUCCACUUCUACAGUAAAGGAGUCUAUUAUGAUGAAAACUGUGACCCCGAAGGCAUUAACCACGCUGUCUUGGCUGUUGGCUAUGGAAACAUAAAGGGCGUAAAGCACUGGAUCCUCAAAAACAGUUGGGGACACGAAUGGGGCAGGAAAGGCUACGUUCUGAUGGCCCGAGAAAAGAAGAAUGCUUGUGGCAUUGCCAACCUUGCCAGUUUCCCCCUGAUGUGAGCAGCUAAUCCGUACAAGUCAUGAGUUUGGUCUUCAUACAGUAACAGCCUACUACACCAGUGUUUUCCAACCAGUGUGCCUCCAGCUGUUGCAAAACUACAACUUCCAGCAUGCUGGAAGUUGUAGUUUUGGAACAGCUGGAGGCACACUGGUUGGGAAACACUGUCCUACACUGAUAAUAUAAAUGACUGUGUUCCAUUAACAUAUCCAAUGUAAUGUACCUAAAGGGGUUCUCCGAGCAGUAGUGACUAAGCUUCUAAUAUGUUCUUCAACUAUGUCCAAAAGUGGCGCUCUCCUUGGCCAUUGAUAUAAAGGACACCAUUUUUUCACAAUAUAUUAUGUACACAAGGAGAUUUAUCAAGUCGUCUUAUAGUAAGAGUCUCUUUGUUGCCCAUAGCAACCAAUCACAGCUCAGCUUUCAUUUCUCUUAUUGCCGUGGUAAUAUGAAAGCUGAGCUCUGAUUGGUUGCUAUGGGUAACAAAGAGAGUCUUGCUAUAAGGGUAUGUUCACACUACGGAAAUUCACACAGUGGAUCCGCAUGAUCCGGAUUUGGUGCUAAUGUCCCCUGCAGAUUGCGCUGUCCCGCUGACAGAUGAGUC